AAUCGUAGCCCGAGAGGGCGGUGCCUGUGACGCUCCGGGGCCUAUCCCGGAAAUAGGGCUGAGUGGGGGCGGGUAAGGGCGGGGAGACUGGGGUGUGGAAAGUGUGGCGGCCCCGCCCCGUCUCUUGGAACUGCCGCGGCCGCCACAGCCGCCGCCGGCGCUGCUGCUGUAGGGGACCGGCGCGGGUGCGCAGACGAAAGGCGCUCUUUGCCAGCUGAAAGUUCCUACGGAAAAACUACCAUCUCCCCAGCCCACCAUGGCAGACGAAAUUGAUUUCACUACUGGAGAUGCCGGGGCUUCCAGCACUUACCCUAUGCAGUGCUCGGCCUUGCGGAAAAACGGCUUCGUGGUGCUCAAAGGACGACCAUGCAAAAUAGUGGAGAUGUCAACUUCCAAAACUGGAAAGCAUGGUCAUGCCAAGGUUCACCUUGUUGGAAUUGAUAUUUUCACGGGCAAAAAAUAUGAAGAUAUUUGUCCUUCUACUCACAACAUGGAUGUUCCAAAUAUUAAGAGAAAUGAUUAUCAACUGAUAUGCAUUCAAGAUGGUUACCUUUCCCUGCUGACAGAAACUGGUGAAGUUCGUGAAGAUCUUAAACUGCCAGAAGGUGAACUAGGCAAAGAAAUAGAAGGAAAAUACAAUGCAGGUGAAGAUGUACAGGUAUCUGUCAUGUGUGCAAUGAGUGAAGAAUAUGCUGUAGCCAUAAAACCCUGCAAAUAAAUGGAAACAUCAGGCAUGAACACUGUUUAGGUCUGAAUCAACUGCAGAUAUAAUUUGGUUCUAAGUUGUCACCAAAGCUAUAGCCUUCAUAAGCAACCUCAUUUCUUUUUUUAAUUGUUUUCAGAUUGUGCUGGGUUAGUUUUGCAAGCAACUGAUAAUUUUUUUAAAAUUAUCAAUAUGUAUAAUUUUUUUUUAAUUUUGUAGGUAUGUUUCCUAUAAUAUUCCUGUGGUUUUCAGUAUGUCAGUCCAAGAAACAAACAAGAUAGCUUCAGCAGAUGUGAUUUGUCUGAGCAAAUCAUUCCUGUGUUUUAGUUAAAUGAUAAACCAGGGUUUAAAAUCAAACAAUGUAGCAUAAAGUGGUAUUGAAGUACCACAUUUAAGUUGAACUGCUCUGCAUUAAUUACAGAUUUAAUAUAAAAUGAACUGAUUAGAUAUUGGAAUUGUUGCACUUUCAGUCUGUGUAGGGCAAACAAUCCUUAAACAAAAAUCAUGUUAUCAAAACGUGUCAGUUAUUUUGGUGGCCACAUGUAACCAUGUGAUUACUUUGGUCAUACUAUUUACCAAAUUGUUGGCAAACUUGAUGUAACCUUAUAUGGUGGUUUUAGUCCCUUCUUAUGGUUGGCAGAAGGGCACUGAACUGUUGGGUGAAAGUUAGCAAGUAAGAUUAUAAGGAAGACACAAAAGACAGUGGCAAAGAGGGUUGAUUAAAUCUAUACGUUUUUAUGUGAGGACUUUGUAAGUCAGCAUAAAAAUGAAAAGUUGUUUCUCAGUUGUUUUUGCUUUUAACUUUGCCUCCAACAUUUAAAGGGAGUAAUCUGCUUUACAGGAUACUAUGCAAUGCUUGUUUUCCAACUAUGUUGAAUAAAUAUUAAUAUUUAUCAGUAAAUACUCCUUUCCAACUUUUUCUUUUUUUUUUUUUUUUUUUUUUUGAGACUGAGUCUCACUCCAUCAACCAGGCUGGAGUGCAGUGGUACAAUCUUGGCUCACUGCAACCUCUGCCUCCCGGGUUCAAGCAAUUCUCCUGCCUCAGCCUCCCAAGUAGCUGGGACUACAGGUGCACGCCACCACGCCAAGCUAAUUUUUUUUUGUAUUUUUUAGUAGAGAUGGAGUUUCACCAUGUUGUCUAGGCUGGUCUUGAACUCCUGACCUCAGGUGAUCUACGUGCCUCAGCCUCCCAAAGUGCUGGGAUUACAGGCAUGAGCCACCACACCCAGCCCCUUUCCAUCCAUUUUUAAGUAGAUUUUUUGACAUUAAUGUAUUUAUUAAACAAAAACUGAGAGUUCCUUAAAUUGAUUUGGAAUUUUUGUUAAUUUUAUGUCCUUUUUUUCCUAAAGUGAAUUGAAAGUGAAUCAUGGAAGCAGCAUUACUUUAUAUGAAUAUUAUUAUUUAAGUUAUUUUAAGUAUAUGCAUUUUUUCUGAUUGUUGUGUGACUUAAUUCAGUUGCUGGUGUGAAAUAUAACUAGCAAAUAAUUCUAUAAACUGAAUUAUUUUAAAAGGUAUUUUAGGUGACACCACUGCAUUUCUAUUUAAUCUUUUGAGUCAUAUGUAUAUUAUUUCCAGAAUUUUCGACAUUAUUAACAGUGUUUGUGAGGACCUUUGACUCAAUAACAAUCAUCAUAUUGGAGCAAAACAUAGAACAAAAUCACUAUCUCAGAAAUACCUUAAUUCUCUAAGACUGGCUCUUAGACCUCUCCCAUCAUGCCUUGACCUCUAAAAAGCCCUUUGUUCCUAUCUUCUAAAGGGAAGUAUAUCAUAUAUGAUGAUGUAACUGAUCUAAUCAGUGACUGGAAAUAGCAUUAGUAACAGAAGAUCCCAAGUUUUAGUUGCUUAAUUUGUACACACUUUUAAAUAUUGUCUUAGCCUCAGCAAACCCAUUUGGGGAAGAAGCAAGAUAGUUUAAGAGAAAUACAAAGGAAAUUUCUAAAGCACAAGAAAUAGUAAGGUAGUAGUUAGUCGUUUUUCCUAUAACAUUUUAGCUUUUGCCCAUCUAAAGCACAAUUAAAAUUAGGCUACAUUCUUUCCAGUAUUCUAUUUAAGUACCUACUACAUACUGCUCUAGUUUCUUAGUACUCUGUAAUGUGUAUCUUAAUUGCUACUGGUUGGCAUUGUAACUCAUAGGAAUUCCAGAAAAUUAUUAAUCUGUGCUGCUUGCAGGUCAUUUAUAUGGCACCUCUUAACCAUGCUGGUGUUAUGACUUAGUAUUAACUCUCAAUUAGCAUGCCCCUGUUCUUCCUAACUUGUAAAAUUUCACAUAAAUAUAUUUUCAAUUAUGUACAAAUUAAGGGUGUACAAAUUAUAAUAAUGCAUCUCUAUCUUCAUACUUUGAAUGGCAAAUGCUAUUUAUGCAUAAAUAUUUUCAUUUUAAGUAAUAUAUGAAGUGUAAAUACUCGAUAUAUAAGUAUAGAUUUUAAAGAUAUGGGACUUUAUUUUCACAUAAGUCAAUAGAUGUCUCUCUAGAACAAAGUAUUUAGUAAAGCUUUAUAAAUUAUAUUAAAAGGAAGCAGGGAACAUGUAUUUUUUAACAUAGAACAGAAGUGACUUCAUUCUUUUUAGACAUCAGAAAUGUUAAAGUUGAUUCCCAAUAUUUGUUGUACAUUUUUGUAGCAAAUGUUAAAAAUCACGAGUUACCAUGUAUAGAAUGUGGACUGUCAUGUUGAUAUCAUUGUACAGUGAUAAGCCAUUUUUAUCUGUAUACAUUUCACCAAUUUAUUAACAGGUUGAAUAUUUGUUUCUUUUUAGAACAUUUUAUUUAUACUGUGAAGACUUUGUUAUACCUUAUUUGCUACAACAUAGAUCAUAUCAUUGCUACUUUGACUUAGCAUUUGCAUCAUAAACAUAAUUAUGAUUUUUUUUCAUGCUCCCUUCCAGGGGCUCAGUCACUUGAAGAAACUAUUGCUAACCAAGCUCUUGACUCUGUUUCCCUUAAUGAUACAAGUCUCUGUACCAGCGCUUUAUGUUAAUUACCAAAACUCUCCUGCAGUCAGAGCAUGAUACCUAUAAUAGGAGACACUGCAAUAAAAUGAUUAGGCUGUAAAAUUUGGAGACACAAUUUUUCAUUACAACACAAUUUGCGUGUGCACAUGUGCACAGAUAGCUUUGUAUGUUAGUUCUUUUUUCCAGACUCCCAACUCUUAAAAGUAUUGUAGUCUGGUGGUGCCUCAACUGUUGGUAACUUUUUUUUUUUUUAAUUUACAACUUUUCCACAACUUGUUUUUGUACUUUAAGGUUUCUCAAUUCGAAUAUUUCUAGUUGAGCUGUAAUUUGAAUGCAUUGUUCUCAGGGCUAUUUGUGCUAAAAGCUGAAAUUUCAUUAUUUUAAAGCUAAUUGCCUGAAAAUAUAUUGGCAGAAUUUUCCCAAAUUGCAAUACUGUGAUACAUGCAUAUAAAAAAAUCCUUAAUGUCAACACACUUAAACUACAUGCUAAAUAGUCAAGAAAAAAAUGGAAACAGUAGCAUCCAUACUGGAAUCUUGCCAUAUUUUUUUCAUUUUAGAAUAGAAUUUGGCAGUCUCAUCUUAGAAUCCUAUCCUUAGGAUAUAUCUGAAAGUAUUCCUUUGGCAUGGACCCCAGAGAUAGUUUUGGAGCCAGGCAUUGAUGUAGAGGUUCACCAAACAUAUUUAGGGAUAAUAGAUAAAUUCAUAAUGCUCUUUUGGGUACACUGAAAUGUUUACAUACUGAAUUCUAUAAUAUGAACUAGGAACGCAUUUACUAUGAGAAAAUAUGGCUCUUAAGCAGUGUAAGAGUGAAAAUAUAAGCAUAUUUCCAUGAACAGUAUAUUGUACUGAUCAGCAGCUCUCAUUUUAAUGUCAUUUAGGCAUAAUAUUUCAUAGUUUUCAAGCCUUUUUUUUUCUGCUAACAUCCAGACAAGUAACAGGCAACAAAGAUUUAAGAAAAAUUUAUGGUGGAAAACCUUAAAAAUUGAGACAAUUCAAUCUAUUUAAUCUAUUAAAUUUUUUCUCUGAAUUGGGUAUAUGGCAUCAUUAUUUGAUUUUAGCAGGGAACAUUUCGAUUUAGCUUAUGAAACACAGAUGUUCUAUGGGAACAUGGCUUGAAGCCAAUAUGUAAUUUAAUGUUUUUCCAUUAAACAAACAUCUGAACACCAACUUAGCUACCAAGUGAGGUCAAGUGCCUGAAAAGUACUGUAUACAUCUAAUAAGCAUGUUUUCUUUAUGUAAAUGAUGCACUUUAUGGCAAUGCAUACCAGGCUUUCACCUGCUAGAAACAUACUUGUUGCCAAACUUUGCCAUCCACCACUAUUCCCCUCCUUAGAACAGGUAGAAACCUAUUUUACAAAAAAAAAGACAGGUUAUUGUAUUUAUAUGAAGUCCCUAAAACUGAUUCUUGGUAUUGACAGACUUAAGUUUAUCUUAGUUCAAGAUUGCACUUUUUAAAAAACUCUGGACUAAUUUCAGCAAUGACUGAACAGCUUGUCACACAUCAUAGUUGUGAUCUUUUUUGAGGAGUUAUUUAUUGUGGUUAAUAUCUACUAUAAAUAAGCACUCUUGUGCUUGUUACAAAGCAUAAUGCAAAUUACUAGUUCUCUACUAGUAUAAUGAAAAUGACUAGUUCUAUACUGUUAUGUACUUUUGUCUUCCUCCCCAAAAAGGAAACAGUUUAGCAUUGUCUAAAUUCAGUGGCACUUUUUUAGUAAUACAUUUUUUUUUUCUUAGAUACAGGAGAACUAUUGCUUUUACCUGCAGAAACUCAAAUGUUUUCGCUAAAACUUUAAAAUUCUAAAAUAUGUAGUAUGGGUAUUACUAAUUGUGCAUUUUACAUUUCAAAAAUAGUUAAAAUUCAAAUGUUAAAUCUUUGACUUAAAAAACCUUUAAAUGUAGAUAAUACCUUAACAAUUAUAACUUUGUGAUAUUAUUAAAAUAUAUUUGUCUGUUAACUUCAUCAGUUGUAUUAAAUAAAAAUAAAGUUAACAGCUUGCA